UUAUCCACUCACCAAUCCCCAAAUCCUUUUUAUUUUUUCUUCUCCACACGAUCAUUCCUCACUGCAUUCUGACUCUAUCUCUCAAAAGAAAAAAAAAAAAGCCGUUUCUUAUUGUUCUGUUUCUCUGCACUCGCGCGUUCACUCAGUCAUGGCUCUGCAAAGGACGGCGUCUUCGUCGGCGUCGUCCUCUCAGCUUCUUUUAAACUCAGCUAGUAGUCGUUCCAUUGCAAAGGCACAGUGUUCGGUUCUUGCUUAUACUAAUAAAUUUAACAGUAACAAUCACUUCUUUGUUGAUUUCGUUGGAUUAUACUGUAAAUCCAAACGAAGAAGCAGGAGAAUUGGAGUCUCAUCCUCUUCUUGUGAUUCUAAUUCAUCGAUUCAGCGGAACAGUUUCUUUCGAUUUGUUAACUCCACUGUUCGUUCUCAGUCGCUUCCUCUACCUGAUCUCAAACCAAAGGUGAAAUGUUUUCCUUAUGCCAAGUAUUCUCACAAUCAAAGUCGACAGCAGAUGUCUAAUCCAAGAGAUGAUAAGACUUGUCACAAUUGUUUCACUAAGGAACCCCACCAAUGCAGAAAACCAGUAAAGAAAGCAGGAAAGGAAGAGCACCACUUGUGGAAGAAAAGAGAUUCAGCUAGAUCUGGGGAAAAGGCAUUGAGUCUUGUUAGAAUUGUUUGUGAACUUCCUGAUGAGAAAGAGUGUGUGUAUGGAGCAUUAGAUAAAUGGACAGCUUGGGAAACAGAGUUCCCCUUGAUUGCGGUGGCUAAAGGCUUAAGAAUAUUAAGGAAGCAUAAUCAAUGGCUGCGUGUAAUUCAAGUGGCAAAGUGGAUGUUAAGUAAAGGUCAAGGAACCACAAUGGGAACAUAUGACACCCUUCUAUUGGCAUUUGAUAUGGACAACAGGGUAGAUGAAGCUGCAUCUUUAUGGAACAUGAUUUUGCACACUCAUGUACGCUCUAUUUCAAAGCGGCUGUUUUCAAGGAUGAUCUCAUUGUACGAUCAUCAUAACAUGCCAGAUGGGAUAAUAGAGAUAUUUGCAGACAUGGAAGAGUUGGGUGUGAGACCAGAUGAAGAUACUGUCAGAAGAGUGGCUCGUGCCUUCAAAGAAUUAGGGCAGGAAGAAAAGCAAAAGUUGGUUCUUAAAAGGUACAUGUCUAGAUGGAAGUAUAUCCACUUCAAGGGGGAAAGGGUUAGAGUGAGAAGAAACAUACCGAAUUAAUGAAGGCUCGGCCAAUUUACAGACAACAAGAAGCAUGCGAUUUUAUUUGAAGGAUGCGCAAGUUGAGGCGGUAAGUUACUAGUAUCAAGUGGCAAGCAAUUUGAUUGAAAUGUCACUUUUCAGUUUCAAGAGGUUUGAUGGAUGGGGUUGAUACCCAUUUUACUAGCUUAAUACAAUUUUACUAACCGUGCCAUGUGCUCAAUGCAAAAUUAGAGAGGAAUUUGUGUGCUUUGUUCAUUUACUUGAUAUGUUUAUUUUAUUCUUUUUAAGAAAAAAUAAAACUUGGGAUUGGCAAGCUUAUAUUCUGAUUUGUAAUAAACUAGCAUCUCUGUCGUCGUUUCAUUUUUAUGGUGGGAAAGAAAUGCUUCUUUUUUUUCUUUUUCA